AUGAGCUACAUCGCCCGCCGUGGUCUUUCGACCCUGAUCCCUCCCAAGAUCGCCUCCCCUAACGCCAUCGGUGCCGCCCAGGAUGCUGCCCGCAUGGAGCGUGUUGUGAACUUCUACGCCGGUCUGCCCCGUGGCUCUGCUCCUCAGGUCAAGGCCACCGGUCUCCUCGGUCGUUACCAGGCCCGGUUCUUCAACAAGAACUCCGGCGCUCCCCUUGCCCACGCUAUCGCCGGUAUCUUAAUCCUCGGUUACAGCAUGGAGUACUACUUCCACCUGCGCCACCACAAGAACCACCCUCACUAA